GCAGCCCGCACUUUGCGCUAACCUAGAGAGUAGCUCCGCUGGGGUGCGAGGCGCAGAGGGGCAAAUCCGAUCACGCCGAUCCAUGAAAAUGCUUUGGAAACUGACGGAUAAUAUCAAGUACGAAGACUGUGAGGACCGUCACGACGGCACCAGCAACGGGACGGCAAGGUUGCCCCAGCUGGGCACUGUAGGUCAAUCCCCCUACACCAGCGCCCCACCGCUGUCCCAUACCCCCAAUGCCGACUUCCAGCCUCCCUACUUUCCCCCGCCCUACCAGCCUAUCUACCCUCAGUCGCAAGAUCCUUACUCCCACGUCAACGACCCCUACAGCCUGAACCCCCUGCACGCCCAGCCGCAGCCGCAGCACCCGGGCUGGCCCGGCCAGAGGCAGAGCCAGGAGUCUGGGCUCUUGCACACGCACAGGGGGUUACCCCACCAGCUGUCGGGCCUGGACCCUCGCAGGGACUACCGGCGGCACGAGGAUCUCCUGCACGGCCCACACGGGCUCGGCUCGGGGCGCGGGGACCCCCCGAUCCACUCCUUACCUCACGCCAUCGAGGACGUCCCGCAUGUAGAAGACCCGGGUAUUAACAUCCCAGAUCAAACUGUAAUUAAGAAAGGCCCUGUGUCCCUGUCCAAGUCCAACAGCAACGCCGUCUCCGCCAUCCCUAUCAACAAGGACAACCUCUUCGGUGGCGUGGUGAACCCCAACGAAGUCUUCUGUUCAGUUCCGGGUCGCCUGUCGCUCCUCAGCUCCACCUCGAAGUACAAGGUCACGGUGGCGGAAGUACAGCGGCGCCAGCGAAGUCUAAGAAUGGAGGACGAUCUUUAAGAGAAAAACUGGACAAAAUAGGAUUAAAUCUGCCAGCAGGGAGACGCAAAGCUGCCAACGUCACCCUGCUUACAUCAUUAGUGGAAGGAGAAGCCGUCCACCUAGCCAGGGACUUUGGGUACGUGUGCGAAACUGAAUUUCCUGCCAAAGCAGUAGCGGAAUUUCUCAACCGACAACAUUCCGAUCCCAAUGAGCAAGUGACAAGAAAAAACAUGCUCCUGGCUACAAAACAGAUCUGCAAAGAGUUCACUGACCUGCUGGCUCAGGACCGAUCUCCCCUGGGGAACUCGCGCCUACUCAGCGCCCUGCCUCAACUUCCCCAUCAGCACCAACACCCCCCUUGCCCUCUUGUGGAGCCUAAAAGAACAGAACAGGUCGUGAAGCCAGCAAAGAAAAGUUCUGUCGCGUUUGUGAACCUUUUUUUUUUUUUUUAAAUCAAAUCAACAACAAACAUUAAAACUUUUUUUUUCUAAAAAACAAAAAGAACGUUAAAAAAAUUUUAAAAAAGUAUACGAGCUUCAUGGGACUAACUCAUCGCCUUCCCUUGCAUACUUCAGAUUGUAGCCAUACUUUAAAAAAAAAAAAAAGGCAAAGAGGAUAAUGACAUUUUUAUCAGUAUUGUGAAUAAACUUGAACACAAAUACAGAAGUUCUAUGUCCUGUCUUCAGUUGUAGAAGUUGUCUCUGCAAGGUGCCCACUUGAACUUGCUCUGAUGACACAAUCCACACUUCUAUAAGGGAAUCAGUGUUCACGUCUCUGUAUAUAUUUAUUUAUGUGUAAUUUAAUGGGAUUUGUAAAUAUGGUGAGUCUGUUUUAAACCUUUUUUUUUUUUAUUUAUCUGGUGAUCUCAUUUACCUCCUGUUCAGUGGCUUUUGGAUCCUCCCUAUUAGUUCUUCAUGUGGUUUUACUUACUUAGAAAUCCAGGGUUUGGGUGAUUUCCUCUCCCCUUCUGGAAUUCACGAAUUUAGCCCCUUGGUAGCAUGUUAAUGAUGAUAAUGAAACAGCUGAACAAAACUUUUUUAAAGUAAAAUAAAAUUUUAUAUAUAAUUAGUAUUACAUUUAGCUUUUCAUUGAAUGGAAAGGAAACAGUGAUAUUGGGACACUGGAAAGAUUUUUUUUUAAUGGAGCGGUUUGAUAACUCUCCUAUGGUAUUGUGGGGAGAAAAAAUAAAGUUUAUUUGAGUUCACUGUUCUCCCUUAAAAGCGUCCUCUGAGCAAUAAAUGAAUAUUGUCUUUAAACCAAGGGUUAGGGAUUUCUCUGUCCUCUCUCUCUUUCUCUCUUUCUCUCUCUCUCUCUCUCUCUCCCAAUCUCUCUGUCUCUCUGUCUCUCUCUCUCUCUCUUCCCUCUCUCCCCCCCUCUCUCUCCCCUCUCUUUUUUGUUCAACUUCAAGCAUUUGGGACCACCUGGUAUUGUGUGUCUUCACCGGCCACAUUGGAAGCAGUUCUAGAUGUACUGUGUUGAGUUGCGCUGGCAGUAGUCUCCCUGCCUGUCAAUGUAUCAUAGUCCUUUGUUGCCCAGAUAAAUAAAUAUUUGAUACGCUUUA